AACGAGUGCUUCCAAGAUCCUCCCCAAAUUCCAUGUCAGAAAUUAAAAGUUGUUGUCCUCUUCUUCCUCUCACCAUGUGAACCCACAAGCAGGUACUAGGCUGCUAACUUUCUUUCCCCUCUGGGCCCUUCCUUUAUAUAAACCCGGCUUUGGUACUACUUUUCUUCACCUCUUUGGAGAAUUCCCAGAUGGGUUUUGGGUGGAAAGUCUGGUUCUGUUUCUGCUUCCUGCUCUUGCUUGGGCUAUUGCAGGGAGCAAGAGCAGAGCAUCAGUAUUAUAAUGUGAGCAGAUACAGAGGCAAGAAGCAAGUGAGUGGGUGUAGUCUGUUUCAGGGAAAAUGGGUUUUUGAUGCUUCUUACCCUUUCUAUGAAUCUUCAAGCUGUCCCUUCAUAGACCCUGAAUUUGACUGCAUCAAGUACGGUAGACCUGAUAAACAGUUCCUCAAAUACUCCUGGCAACCUGAUUCUUGUAACGUUCCCAGAUUUGAUGGGGUGGAUUUGCUAGGAAGAUGGAGGGGGAAGAAAAUAAUGUUUGUGGGUGACUCACUGAGUUUGAAUAUGUGGAAUUCGUUGGCUUGUAUGAUACAUGCGUCGGUGCCUAAUGCUAAGACAAGCUUUGUAAGGAAGGACCCUUUGUCCUUUGUUGCCUUUGAGGAUUAUGGAGUAACUAUUUAUUUAUAUCGGACUCCAUACUUGGUAGAUAUAGUUAAGGAGAACGUAGGGCGAGUAUUGAUGUUGGAUUCGAUCAAAGGUGGAAAUACAUGGAAAGGGAUGGAUGUGCUGAUUUUCAACACCUGGCAUUGGUGGACCCACACUGGAAAAUCUCAACCAUGGGAUUACAUCCAAUAUGGGGAAUCAUUGCUGAAAGACAUGGACCGUUUGGAGGCAUUUAACAGAGGGCUCACCACAUGGGCUAAUUGGGCAGACGGCAAUGUUGACACUUCUAAAACACGAGUCUUCUUCCAAGGCAUUUCUCCAACCCACUAUGAGGGAAAAGAUUGGUCCGAACCAAAGAAGAGUUGUUAUGGACAAUCAGAGCCGUUGUCUGGCCCUGCAUAUCCAGCAGGCUCUCCUCCAGCUGCAGCUGUCGUGAACAAAGUUCUGGGGACGAUGAAGACACCAGUAUAUUUGCUUGAUAUAACAACGCUGUCGCAGUUGAGGAAAGACGCUCACCCCUCUGCCUACAGCGGCGACCAUUCCGGCACAGACUGCAGCCACUGGUGCCUCCCGGGAUUGCCUGAUACCUGGAACCAGCUCCUCUACGCAGCUCUUGUUAUGUGAAGGUCUCCAACAAACAACAGGGAUUUUUACUUAUUUUCUCAAAAUACAAUUUGUAUAUUUGUUAUGGGAGUGCAGAAAUUUAUCAUUUCUCCGAUAUGACAAUAAGGGGGCGGAAAAGGAAUCAACUGUAAAGUAAUUGAUUUUUUUCUCAAAGCAAAUAAUUGCUUUGAGGUGAUUGUAAGUUUCUCUGUUUUUAUCAGCAAAAGGGUUAUGUGUUCUUAUCAGCAAAAAGGUUAUGUAAUAGUUACAUCAAGGUAAGACCAAGGUAAGGCUUCUAAUGAAAUAAAAGAUAUGUU